AUAAAAAUAGUGAGUUUGACGUAGUAAGCAUGACCAUUAUUUAAGAUAGGACAUUUAUUAUUAUUUCCUAUGUAUUCCUGGUUUCGGAAUCAGAUGGAUGGAAUCACAAAGAUCAAAGAUACCGACAUGGAAUGUCACUGCUUACAUUGGACUAUCGUUUAAAAACAUCAUUCAAGUGCUUCCUAUGUAUCAUUUUAUUCUUAUUUAAUAUUCGGCGAACAAGAAUAAAAUGAUACACAUAGGACACUUGAGUUUUUGAACUUCUGAUCCAAAUUCUAGCGGUCUUCCAAGUCAGAUGGCGCUUCAUAUGUUUGAUUUAAAAAGAAAUCGCCAAAGCCGUUUAAAUCCGUUGCCGAAACGUCGUCAACAGCUGUUAGAUAGCUGUAUAGAUCGGAUUCUAAUAGCUUUUUGACAUUCCACAUCGGUAGACUGUAAAUACGGUGCCAGGUUGCUUCGAGUAUAGACGAGAAUGAAAAGGACGAAAUCGAAAGCUGUCAAUUCGGCGCUCAGCAACACGAAGAAUAUAGGUACACAGACAGAAAAUUUCGUUCUAGACAGUUCUAUAAGAAUUGCAAAGCUGGAGGAACUAGUGAAACUAAUGCAACUUGAAAAUAAUGUUUUAAGAAAGCAUAUGGAAAACAAUGUGCCUGACGAUAUACAUCAUAAGUCUCUUCAUCUUGCUCAGCAGGCAAUAUCAAAAAGUGCUGAAAAGUCUGGUUGUGGCUGUAAAGGAAAUUGUUCAUCACGGAUAUGUGGUUGUAUGAAAAAGAAUAACAAGUGCAACCUAUCGUGUAGAUGUGAUGAUGAAAAAUGUCAAAAUCAGAAAUCCAAUUAUAUUCAAGAAAAUAAAGAAAAUGUGAAGAUAAAGGAUAUGGAAACAUUUAAGACACCAAACCAAAAAAAUAAAGAUAAAGAAAAACUUAAAAGCAAUAAAGGCUUGUUUAGUCCAGAUAUAAAAGAAAUCUACAAUGAUUUGGAAGAGAUGCAAUUUAGUGAUAUUAAUUUCAGUUUUGAAAAGGACACGAUGAUUAAAGACUUUCAAACAGAUUCAGAUAUCAUUACCAUUAAUAUAAAACAUAAGAAAGAAAAGAAGAAAAAAGAAAGUAAUGAACAACAAGAAUCAAUAGAGAAAGUACAAAAUGUAAAAGAUGGAAGAAUUAACGAUAAUCAGUUAUUAUUUGAUCCAAUGAAACCAAGAUAUCAGUUAUCACGAACACCACCGAACAGUAAGAAGUUGGAAAAACCACAAGAGCCUGAGAACACAAUUCAGCAUCGAUUGUAUUCUAAGUCAAAUGAAGAAAUUGCUAUAUCCCCUGAAAUCCGAGAUAUUAAAGAAGAAAAAGUUGAUUGGGAAGAGCACACUGCACAAUUAAUUCCAUGUAAAAAAUGCAAAAGAACUUUCAUGCCCAACCGAAUUCAGAAACAUGAAGCUUGUUGCAAGAAGAUUUAAAUAUCGAAGAAACAGAAAUCAUUUAAUCUUAAUCUUAAUCUUUUUUUACAAGUUAUUCUGCGAUUCAACAUUUAUUUUUUUAAUUUUAUCUGGAAAAGUAUAUGAUGAUGUGAAUUUUAAUGACAACAUAUGGUAACAACUUAGAUAUAAUAAGGUCAUGCAUCUGACAAGUAUUAUAGUAUAAUUUUAAAUUAAAUUUAAUUAUUUUAUCAUGAA